ACAGCUCACUAACGCAAGCAAGACAAAGUAUUGCUGUCUUGAAGAAUGAACUGGGGGACCUGAAAGAGCAGCUGCAGAGCCACCAGAGUAAUCACAAGACGAUUCAGGAAAGGACUGAGUGGCAACAUGAUGAGAGCCCGACCAAUAUUGUGAAAGAGGAGGAUGGUGUCCAGCAGAAUGUUAUGGUUGCAGUUAAAGAGGAAGCUGCUUAUGAUGGAUAUCCAUGUAGUCAGUCAGAUGAGACUGACCUCCCCACAGAGCAGAUCUCAUCUGGAGACAUUAAAGCUGAACUUGAUCAGGAGGAAGAUGAAAAGUUAGACAUGGCUCCACUCAUCAGCUCUGAUCCAGAUUCAGAUUUGAGAUUACCAGUGCAAUUGGUUGACUGUUGUGUAACACAAGGCCAGCAAAGAACAACCAGCAGGAACAAUGAAGAUGGAGAAAACCCCAAUAAUGUAGGUGUAGCAGGAAAGGGAUUAGAAGGGCCAUCGUCUGCCAUCCCCAACUUCACAGCCGUCCCGGAGACAGAGGUAGAUAAUGGGAGGCCAUAUAAGUCUCCUGUCUUUGGAGAGGAUUUCCCCAGCAAGUCAACAAUGGAAAAGCACCAGCAGGCCAUUCAUACAGGAGAGACGCCUCAUCUCGAACAAGACCAGCACACAUGUGCAGGAAAAACGCCCCACCACCACCACGAACAUCAUGGCAAACGUGUUACGAGGGCCAAUGCUCUCUCUGCACACAAGCGCACUGACACAGGGCAGAAGAGCCACCAUUGUGAAGAAUGUGGAAAGAGUUUCACGCAAGCAGGAAAACUCACGCGGCAUCAGCUCAUCCACACAGGAGAGAGACCGUUUCAGUGUGGACAGUGUGGGAAAAGUUUCGCACAGGCAGGAACCCUCAGGAAUCACGAGCUCAUCCACACAGGAGAGAAGCCGCACCAGUGUACAGAGUGCGGCCAGUUUUUUAGAUAUAUUGGACAUCUCAAAAGACACCAGCGCACUCACACAGGGGAGAAACGCCACCACUGUGGACAGUGCGGGAAGAGUUUCACGCAGGCGGGAAACCUCAAGAUGCAUCAGCUCAUCCACACAGGAGAGAGGCCGUACCAAUGUACAGACUGUGGCAGACAUUUUACCCGGUUGGGACACCUCUUAAGGCACCAGCGCCUUCACACAGGAGACAAGCCAUACUACUGUGAGCAAUGCGGGAAGAGUUUCACGCAAGCGGGCUCCCUCACGCAUCACAUGUUCAUCCACACAGGAAAGAGGCCACACCAUUGCACUGUAUGUGGCAAAGGCUUUACUCAGUUGAAGCGGCUGAGAACACACCUGCGCAUUCACACAGAAGACAAGCCCAACCGCUGUAAGCGGUGUGGGAAACAGUGUCUAAAUGCACGACAUCUCGCUGUGCACAUGCAAAUUCACACAUACACGUUAACACUUGGGAAGAACCCUUUGAGUUCCGAAAGCUUGGGAAAACAUUUAGACGCUUAGGGAUUGCCACAUGGCACCGUCUGAUGUUUGGUCAGAGAUGGUGGGAAAAGGUAGAGACGAAUAAAGCCCGAACUGUUCUGGAAUCCAUGUGACGUAAGGUGAACUCCCCUUUUGGAGAGCAAAAUUGAAAUUGGGAAUAAAUGGAGUCCCCUUAGCCUGUAGAUGGUGAUAGUGUCAUCACCAGAGAUGCCCCAGUUGGUGCCUGUUGUGAUUAUCUCACAAGGACCAGGACUAGACCAGCUCGCUUAGAAAAAAAUGUUGGCCGCGCGGUCGGUUAGUCUAGUUCACCAGGCUAGUUCUGAAGGCAAUGCACAAAAUGACUUGUAAAUCCUUGUGUAAAAUUAUUACAUUGUACAGUAGUUUGUAUAAAUUUGUAAAAGCUUGUUGAACGAUUUGUUGUACCCAAAUCAUACAGUC